AUGACGUCCAUAAAAGAAGAGGAUCUGAAGGCUCAGCCCCCAAACGAUGAUAUAAAUUUAGAGCAGCUAGCGGAAAGGCAGAAUCAACAGAAUGUAUAUGCUUUGGAAGCGUCAAACCUAUCCAAAAAUAGUAAUUCCGUGUCUAACGCAAACAAUAGCGGAAGGAUUGCCAAUCCUGAUAAUGGCACUGGUACAGUUAAUCAUGAUACGUCGUUAGUGUCCAAUUCUUUAACGAAGAAAGUUUCAAGACAUGCUUGCCGAGAUACUACAACCAAGGGCAAGUAUACGUUGAACGAUUUUCAAAUUUUAAGGACAUUGGGAACGGGUUCUUUUGGGCGGGUUCACUUGACACGCUCGAUACACAAUGGUCGUUUUUAUGCCAUGAAGGUAUUAAAGAAAGAACGAGUGGUUAAUAUGAAACAAGUUGAACAUACGAAUGACGAGCGUAGGAUGUUGAAACUUGCACAGCAUCCGUUUAUAAUCCGAAUGUGGGGAACUUUUCACGACUGUCAUAACCUAUUCAUGAUCAUGGACUACAUAGAAGGAGGUGAAUUGUUCUCGUUACUAAGAAAAUCACAGAGGUUCCCAACACCAGUGGCGAAGUUUUAUGCCGCCGAGACUUUUUUAGCUAUAGAAUACUUGCAUAAUCUAGAUAUCAUCUAUCGCGAUUUGAAACCAGAGAAUAUUUUGUUAGACAAAAACGGCCAUAUAAAGUUGACAGAUUUUGGAUUUGCAAAAGAGGUUACGGAUGUUACUUACACGCUAUGUGGUACUCCAGACUACAUUGCACCGGAAGUAGUUGCCACCAAACCGUACAACAAAUCGGUGGACUGGUGGUCUUUUGGGAUUUUGAUAUUCGAGAUGUUAACUGGUUAUACCCCGUUUUACGAUCCCACGCCAAUGAAGACAUAUGAAAACAUUUUGAAUGGAACUAUCACAUACCCAGACUACCUCCCACCGGACAUUUUAGAUCUUUUGCAGAAAUUGAUAGUAAAAGAUCUAACGCAAAGAUUGGGGAAUCUACAGGGUGGCUCUGACGAUGUGAAAUACCAUCCCUGGUUUAAAGAAGUGAUUUGGGAGAGACUCUUGUCUAGAGACAUAGAAACGCCUUAUGAGCCACCAAUAACCUCGGGGGUUGGUGAUACUUCACAAUUUGAUAGGUAUCCUGAAGAUAAAGACUUGGACUAUGGUAUAAGUGCAGUAGAAGACCCGUAUCAACAUUUAUUUGAAGAUUUUUGA